AAGUUUAACUCCUCCCAUCGGAGCGCCUCACGCCCCUGCCCAGCCCUCGAAACCCAAUAACCAAGAUCAUUCAGCAAUGCCUUCCCUUGCCUGGCUGCAUCCCCAGCACCCCGGGACCCGCCGGAGAUCCCGUGCCCGCAGCGUGCCAGGCGGCGGCCCCGCAGCCCGGCCGAGGAUGGACGAGCUCCUCUUGUGGGGCAUUCUGCUGGCGUCCUCCGCCCGCUGCCARGCUGUGCCUGCCGAGCCAGGUGCUGCGCCCUCCUGCCCGCCGCAGUGCCACUGCGAACAGGAUGGCAUCGUGCUCUCGGUGGAUUGCUCCGAGCUGGGGCUGUCGGAGGUACCCGCCAACCUGAGCCCGCUCACCGCUUACCUAGACCUGAGCAUGAAUAACAUCAGCUGGCUGCAGCCACGCGCGCUCCGACACCUGCGGUUCCUGGAGGAGCUACGCCUCUCUGGAAACCAGAUCUCCAGGAUCCCCGGGGAAGCUUUCUCUGGCCUCUACAGCCUGAAGAUUCUGAUGUUGCAGAACAAUCAGCUGAGCCGCAUCCCUGCAGAGGCACUGAGGGAUCUUCCAAAUCUGCAAUCUCUACGCCUGGAUGCAAACCUCAUCUCCGUGGUGCCCGACCAGAGCUUUGAGGGGCUGCUCUCCCUGCGUCACCUGUGGCUGGAUGAUAACGCCCUGACGGAGAUCCCMGUCCGAGCUCUGAACCACCUGCCGGCGCUCCAAGCCAUGACCCUGGCGCUCAACCACAUCUGGCACAUUCCCGAUUUCGCCUUCCAGAACCUCAGCAGCCUCGUGGUGCUGCACCUGCACAACAACCGCAUCCAGAGCCUGGGAGCCAACGGCUUUGAUGGGCUGCACAGUCUGGAAACUCUGGAUCUGAACUACAACGAGCUGCUGGAAUUCCCCGGGGCUAUCAGGACGCUGGGCCGACUGCAGGAGCUCGGUUUUCAUAACAACAACAUCAAAGCUAUUCCAGAGAACGCAUUUGUUGGGAAUCCCCUCCUCCAAACAAUCCAUUUUUAUGACAAUCCCAUCCAGUUUGUUGGACAGUCUGCCUUCCAGUACUUGCCAAAGCUCCAUACGCUGUCACUCAAUGGAGCAACGGACAUCAGGGAAUUCCCGGACCUUAAAGGCACCACCAGCCUAGAAGUUUUGUGAGUGGCACCUCUGUCCCUUUUACCCUGCUAGCUGUGCUCUUCCUCCUCCAAGGCGCUCCAGGCUGUUUCAGUGAGGACAACUUUCCCAGUGCUGUGCAGUAUUCAGCCCUGCCUCUCCUCACCCUUCUGCUUCGUUUCACCCCUGUGGCUCCUGAGCGCAGCUUUCCUCCCCGUGAGUGGCUCUCUUGGUACUCUUCAGUGUGCUCCAAUCUCCUUUUUUUGUUUAUUCCUGCCUUCCCUCCUGCAUCUGAGAAGGGGCAAGCCUGAGUGCAGAGUUUCUGCUGAGCCCCAGUGUCUCUGCCCAUGCUGGACCCAGCACCAG